CAUCGUGUUCCAGUUGUGCUCACACGCAAGAAAGAUGCCCAGAACAGAUCGCGGAAUCAGCGAUCUCAGUGAAGAUGGCGAGGCCUGGGAAGAACUCAGUGUAUCUGAGACAACGGAGGAAGCGAUUUCAGCUGCGGGUCAGGAUUCUGUCGCGGAAGCCGCUUCAGUUGUGGGUGCCACGGAGCCCGCCGCAGCGAGCCCCAACCCGAUCGGAGAACUACAGGAGCUCUGCGUUCAGCGUCAUUGGGCGCUGCCGGAGUAUAAGGAGGAGUUCAGAACCGGCCCCCCUCACGUCUCGACGUUCGUCAUGACUUGCGCGGUGCAAAAUUUGUCGUCCUCAGGAUCUGCCACGACAAAGAAAAGUGCGAAAAAAGCCGCAGCCGCCGCCAUGCUGGCCAAAGUGAGCGCAAAUGACUCCUUGACUGACUUGCAAGACGGUGACGUCAAUCUCUCAAGAAUUCAGGAUCCGACAAUCAGAGAUCUGGAAAAUUCCCUGAAUCAUCUGAAGCUCAUGGCUGGCGGUCCUGAAUCGGAAUCAACGACAGCGCAUGAAAUUGAGGCUCACUUGAAUGUUCUAGCGCAGAAGUUCAAUGUCACUCUAAAUUCAUGCGCCGGGAGCGAUAUCGACGGACGGUCCGUAUGGAUCUGCGAGCUCAAUAGCGUUCCGAUCAUCGGAAUCGGGAAGAAUCCUCAACUCGCGAGGAUCGAUGCGGCGAGGAACGUGGAACACCGACUGCGAUUGAAUAUGUUGAGCUAGAAGGCAUCGAUGUCUAUCCACAACGACAUCCUUCCUACAUGCACUCCGGCCAAAUGACUUCAUUUCUCACCUCAAGAUACGAAUAUUAUAUCACAAUCUUUACUGCCUCGAUGGGCUAAACGCAGAGUGGCUUGAGGACGAUAACGGGAGAUUUCACGACAUACGCUUGAGCCAAACGAGUGUCGUGAACUGUUCAGUUUCGGAUUCUCGACUCUAUGCAUUUGUUUUGCUUAGAUGCAAAAGCUUGUGUAAGCUCGCAUGUUUUUCUGGUUUUGAUGAUUAUAUAUGCGAGCUCACACGGAUUUUUCUAGAAAACAAAUGGACUUCGAUUUUUCGGGCGAAUAUAUUGCAUACGAAAAUUAUCUUAUGAAAAAUGCCGGAAUAAAUUUUGUUUCUCCUCUGUGUAUUCAGAGAUGAACGAAAACAU